UUCACGUCUUGCGAAUUCAUCCAGUUUAUACGUUUGUGUCGUAGAAGUUGGCCACACUGUUUUCAAUAGACAUUCGCGGAAGAAUAUUUAUUGAAGAAUAAUCUGGAAAAAUCUUAAGAAUCUUUUAAUAAUUAACAAAAGUAAAAAUGAGUGCUUUUCCGGGUACCUUUGCUUUUGAUGAAUAUGGUCGUCCUUUUAUUAUUUUACGGGAGCAAGAAAAACAAAAGCGCAUAACCGGCACCGAUGCAAUUAAGAGCCAUAUUCUCGCUGCCCGUCAAAUUGCCUCUACUUUGAAAACAUCUCUGGGCCCCAAAGGCUUAGAUAAAAUUAUGGUCAGUGGUGAUGGCGAUGUUACAGUUACUAAUGACGGUGCCACCAUUAUGAAAAUGAUGGAAGUAGAUCACGAAAUUGGUAAAUUAAUGGUACAACUAUCACAAUCACAAGAUGAUGAGAUCGGAGAUGGAACUACGGGCGUGGUGGUGUUAGCCGGUGCUUUAUUGGAACAAGCUGAGGGUCUAAUUGAUCGAGGCAUUCAUCCCAUACGUAUUGCAGAUGGUUUCGAGUUAGCUGCUCAGUGCGCUGUCAAGCAGUUGGAAGCUAUUGCUGUGCCCUUCCCAAUUGAUCCACAAAACAAAGAGCCUUUGAUACAGAUAGCCAUGACUACAUUGGGUAGUAAGAUUGUCAAUAAAUGUCAUCGCCAAAUGGCGGAGAUGGCUGUGGAUGCUGUUCUUAAUGUGGCGGAUAUUGAGAAGAAAGAUGUCAACUUUGAAUUGAUUAAGAUCGAGACUAAAGUUGGUGGCCGCAUGGAAGAUAGCGUCUUGGUGAAGGGCGUUGUCGUCGAUAAAACUAUGAGUCAUGCUCAGAUGCCGAAGACAUUACGUGACGUUAAGUUAGCUAUAUUAACUUGCCCAUUCGAACCACCCAAACCGAAGACUAAACAUAAGUUGGAUGUAACAUCUGCUGAGGAUUAUCGCGCUUUGCGCGAAUAUGAGCAAGAGAAAUUUGUGGAAAUGGUUAAAAUGGUUAAAGAUGCUGGAGCUACUUUGGCCAUUUGCCAGUGGGGCUUUGAUGAUGAAGCCAAUCAUUUAUUAUUGCAACAUGAACUACCGGCUGUGCGCUGGGUGGGUGGACCGGAAAUUGAAUUGAUUGCUAUUGCCACGGGAGGUCGAAUUGUGCCACGGUUUGAGGAAUUGACAGCAGAUAAAUUGGGGUCGGCCGGCUUGGUUAGAGAAAUUUCUUUUGGCACUUCAAAAGACAAAAUGUUGAUAAUUGAAGAAUGUCUCAACUCGAAAGCUGUUACUAUAUUAUUACGAGGAGGAAAUGCCAUGAUAACAGCUGAAGCCAAACGUUCCAUUCAUGAUGCUCUCUGCGUCGUCCGCUCUUUGGUUAAAGAUUCACGGAUUGUUUAUGGUGGUGGUGCUUCCGAAAUUAGUUGCUCUUUAGCAGUAGCUAAGGAAGCUGACCAACUGUCUACCUUAGAACAGUAUGCUUUCCGCUCUUUCGCUGUUGCUUUAGAAAGUAUACCUUUAGCUUUGGCUGAGAAUAGCGGUUUGCAUCCUAUUGAAACUCUAUCGGAAUUGAAGUCUCGCCAGGUAGCUGAGAAUUGCCCCAAUUUAGGUGUGGAUUGUAUGUUAACUGGCGAUUCGGACAUGAAGAAACAUAAUGUUGUGGAAUCAUUGCAUUCCAAAAAGCAGCAAAUUUUAUUGGCAACUCAGCUAGUGAAAAUGAUACUCAAAAUUGAUGAUGUGCGAUCCAAGAAUCGGAGCGAUUAAAUUUCAGUUGCGAAAUAUCAAUUCUAUUGUGUAACAUUUUCCCCUCAUUUAUGUACUUUGUUAAAGUCGACAUCAUUAAUGUUUCAUUAAUCUAGUUUGUUUUUUUUUUUUUUUUUUUUUUUUUUGAACUCCAUUCAAAUAUCAAAACGCAACUACACGCAUAAUAAAAACGAAUAAACAUACGCCAAUAAAAA